AUGUUCACUCUAUUACCUUUUCUUCUUACUUUCUUAUUUUCCACAUUUACAGCAAAUGCCUCAGAAGCUAAACUUCAUAAUCAAAUCUUUCAAGUAGCUUGUAAAAUUUUUCUAACAAUAGGCUUUAUUAAAGAUAUUUCAAUUGCUCUUGGAAUAUCACAGUAUACUAUAUAUUAUCGUUUGAGUCGUUUUUGCUUAGAUUAUCAUCUUGAAACGUCAGGGUCCUCUGACAGAGGUGGUUGGUGGGAUCGAUGGAAUCGCUCUCCCUCUUGGUCAUGGAGUCCUGAACACAAAUUUGAUCAUGAUCAUGGGCAUGAAUAUAGCUAUAAACAUGGACAUGAACAUGGACAGCAUCAUGGUCAUGGACAUGGCCAUUUACAUGAACACAAUGGGCAUUAUGGUCACGAUUAUGAGCAUAGUUAUAAUGAUAAACAUAUUGGCGAUUAUGAACAAGCUGGAGCUCAUGGAUCGAAAAGUGAUUGGGGUAAUUACAAUUAUGGUGGCCAUGGUGAUUAUUUGAAAGAACAUUCUUAUAAAAAAGGUUAUGGGCAUGCUGACGGUGAAGAACACGGAGAUGAUUGGGGACAUCAUAAAGGACAUCAUCAUAGCAAUCAUGAUGAUGGACACCAUCACCACGGACACCACCAUGGACGCCAUCGUGGUCAUCAUUUUGAUCCAGAUUGGUAUUAA